AUGCAUUUCUCUUCUGCUGCAGUCCUCGCCCUUUGCUCUAUCAGCGUGACCUACGCGGCGCCCUUCGCCAAUCCCGAGAAUGAAGAUCUCGCUCGCCGUGCAACCUACUCUGUAGUCAAUGCCGAUGAAGACUGCUCUUCUAGCCCAGUCGCACGCGAAGUCGACACUGUCUUCGAAACCUCCACAGUUACUGCUCCUGAUGCCGACCCAGUGCCCAUCACUGUGACCGUGACUGCCACACCUUCAAGCGUGACCUCUCCCUCAACCGCUGUGGCUAGCCCUACUUCGUGCUGGGAGACCCCUAAUGUUCUUCCAACCGCUGGCUCUUCGUCUUUCUUCCGCAGGGGCCUGAGAGCCGCUGGUCAGCCGGCUAUCUUUGCUCGCGAAUACUCUAGCUCUUUGCUUUACGCGCGCGAGUAUCCCACCGCCUCUGCCUCCGAAUCUCUCCAUGCUCGUGGCUGGUACUCUGCUGCUUCUGGCACUCCUUCUAUUGCGACCUCUACCGCUUCGCCUACUUCCCUCGUGGCUCGCAACUUUGGUGAUUCGUACUCUUCCGCUUGGGUCCCAACCUCCAGCCUGGUCACUGCCACUCCCCUCGUUGCUCGUGGCUUGUACUCUUCUGCUGCUACCUCAUCUGCCUCAGCGACUUCCCUUGUGGCUCGUGGCUUUUCCCCUUCUUACUCUAGCGGAAACAUCCCUCUCUCCCCUACUCCCUUCGCUGCCCGCGACUUGUACGCUUCUCCCUCCGGCACAUUCUCUAUCCCGAGCAUCCCUACUUCAGCUGCUCCUCUGGCUGCUCGUGGCCCCUAUGGCUGGUACUCUUCCGCUCUCAGUGCCUCCCCCAUUGCCACAUCUUCUGCCUCUCCAGCUAUCGUGGCCCGUGGUGCCCGCAGCUGGGGCUCUUCUAGUGCAUCCAGCACCUUCUCUGCGUCGGCUACUCCUGUGGCCUACUAA